AUGAAACAAGUCGCUUUUUCCACCCCUGCAGACGCUUCGUCGUACCUUGCUCAGUACAUUGUCAAGCGUAUCAACGACUUUGGGCCUACCCCCCAGAAACCGUUCGUUCUUGGGCUUCCUACGGGGUCCUCGCCGGAAGGCGUGUAUGCCAGGUUAAUUGAGGCCAAUCGCAAGGGCUUGGUGACGUUCCAGAACGUGGUCACCUUCAAUAUGGACGAGUACUUGGGACUCGCUCCCUCCAACGACCAGUCGUACCACUACUUCAUGUACAACAAGUUCUUCAACCACAUCGACAUUCCACGCCAGAACAUCCACAUCUUGAACGGAUUGGCCAAGGACGUGGACGAGGAGUGUCGUCGCUACGAGGCUGCCAUCAAGUCGUAUGGACGCAUCCACUUGUUCAUGGGCGGCUUGGGUCCCGAGGGCCAUCUUGCAUUCAACGAGGCAGGCUCCACCAGGGACUCCAGAACCAGACGGGUGUCGUUGGUGGAGUCCACCAUCAAGGCCAACUCGCGCUUUUUUGAUAACGACCUCUCCAAGGUGCCCAAGCAUGCGCUCAGCGUGGGCAUUUCCACCAUCUUGGACAACUCCGACGAGAUUGCCAUCAUCGUCAUGGGUGCAAACAAGGCGUUUGCCUUGGAAAAAACGGUGCACGGCACCAAAAACGACGCCAGGUUUCCCUCGUCCUAUUUACAGGACCAUCCCAACGUGUUGAUAGUCAGCGACCUUGAGGCUGCCGGGGUCAGAGCCAAGCUCUAA